AUGACAUCGCGCGGCUGCAACGCCACGACGACAAGGGCCAAAGGCCGUGGCACCCCGAGCAGCGAGGUCGAGGACACCUUCCUAUCGCUGCACCGGCGCGAGGGCGUCGUGGGUGUGAUCGCCACCACGGCCGACGGGGCGGUCAUCAAGUCCACGCUGGACAACGCCGAGGAGACUGCCCGGUACGCGCUGCUCGCCGCGGGCCUCUGCAGGGAAGCCAACAACAGCGGCACCGGGAAGCAGCCCUCGUUCUUCAAGAUGAAGGCUGGUGACCGCGAGAUCCUCAUCACUCCGAGCAGAAAGUACACGCUUAUCGUGAUCACCAAGAUCUCGAAUCCAUCCCCGGAGGCCACUCAAUAA